CCGAAUCCAAACCACCUUGUUGUCCAACAUUAUUUUACAUCCGAGUAUUCGGGUCGGAAGAAAAGUAAUUAACCGUUCUGUUCCUUUUACUUCCGUUCCUGUGUUCCCGCGCGGCUAACUGCAGCCGUGUGCAACGCUGAUUCCCAUACGUUGACUCGUUGGACUCCUUAAUACCACUGUUAUUUUGCGCAAGUUUAUUGUCAUGUCUUUUGGUUUCACUACAAGCACUGAGCAAUGAAGUUCCCCCCCAGCCAAUACAUACAUGGAUAUUUGCUCACGACAUGGCAGUUCUUUCGUACAGCCUGCGGCUGCAUUGGACGUCGAAGUCCACCUGGCCAAGACACCUGGUCACCCUGGUACAACCAUCGCCGUAUAAUGCCGGAAGUUAUCAUUGAUGGUGGCAUCCGCAAGAAAGUGGCCUGUGGCCCUUGCAUCCGCGGGCACCGUUCUUCGAAAUGUAACCAUAGAGAUCGAUUAAUGGUCGAAGUUCGGAAGCCCGGAAGGCCUCUAACCUCCUCAUGCCCGCAUACUGAACCCGGUUGUGAUUGUGUGCAAUAUAAAUACACCUAUACCAUCCCGAAAAACAGCGACUGUCAUUGUAAUGGAGUUCCAAUUGCAAUUCCCAACACCGUUGGGAAUUCGACAGAGGCAUCGGGCCGUGCCCAAAAACGAUUGAGGAAAUCUAGCAUCACAGGUUCAACGCUUGAACGAGGACUCGUGGCCGACCCGCAACUAUUGCAACAGAUAUCGGUCGAUCGCAUUUUAAGCUCUUCAGAUUCAUCGAGGACUGUUUCCACUACAUCUAGUACUGACAGCAUACCCCGCCCAACACCCACGACGGACCAGAAUGCUGGGACUUCUCAAUCCAAACCGGAGCCAAUCCGCUUCGGCUUUAUGGGCAUUGGGGCGCCAAUGGGCCAGUUCCACAAUAGGCAAGAUCCGAUUGGGUGGGAUGCACCUUAUCCAGAUUACUACAAUCAUGAACAAUCGGCUCCUAAUCGGCAACAUCGAGUACCACCGCGAAGAGCCAACAACCUGAACCUCCCAUGGGCUGAUGAGCAUUCUAUGCAGAAUAUGGAGCCAGCAUCAAGAGCAGAGGACCAUCGUCAUCUGUUGUCAGUCCAUGGAAUUCCACCCCCCGACCACACAAUUCACGAGCAUUCUCAACAACCUUUGCUCCAGAACAAUUUCAUGCCAAUGAUGCCUGCUGGCGCACAAGAUCGGUUCAUGCCUCAGUACGACAAUUCCAUAGAUAUGGGAAUGGUGAAUCCACCCCCCGAACCUUUCAGCAAUGGGUAUCCCCGGAUGUCCAACGCUACUGGGGUUCCAUUGCCAGUUGAUGGUGUUUCAUCGCCGGUGCAGUAUCCAGUGACACAGGCAGCGGCGCCGUUCGUCAAUGAUGGGCAUAACUGUAGUUGUGGAAACGGAUGCGAGUGUAUUGGAUGCCCUUCUCACCCUAUGAACUCGACCACCAUGGAAUACGUUCGUUAUCAUACUGGGUUUAUGCGGGACCAGGGGGGAGCGUCGAAUUUUCCACAUCAGCAGGCUCCUCCAUUCGACUUCACCAACUAUGAACGGUUCGUUGCAGAUCCUCAUUCUACAACAGGACCUCUGUCCCCCACAACUGAGGGGCAUGCGAUCAUGGGCCCGCCGUCGGCUCCAACUUCGCAUUCCUACUCCCAAUGGCAGACCCCCUUCACGCCAACCCUUGAACUGGAAAACUUCCAUCUUCAGUCUCCAUUUGUCGAUCAGACUCCCAUUAGUCCUCAUGCAACCGAGUCCACCAUUGCUAGGAACUUGUCUCCGGAGCUUGCCGUUCUUCCCAGAUCGACUCAUCCAAAACCCCAAAUUCACCACGCAUCUUUCACACAACCAGAUCCAUCCUUUACUCAAUCCUUCCAAUCGGCACACAAUAGCAUUGGUCCACCAGUCCAACAAGACGAUGCAACCCGCUCUUCGACAGCGACUAUACCCCGUCCGACAUCCAACCCCGCCGAUGAAGAACCCGACUUCAUCUCGACCAGCACUCUAUCCCCAUCCGACUUUAUAGUCGCAGAGUACCCUAUGCCAUGCUGUGGUGAUGCGCCCGGCAUGUGCCAGUGUGGAGAUCGCUGCGGCUGCCCUGGGUGUCUGACGCAUAAUGAGAAAGCUAGAAACCGAGCCGAAGGGACGCUUGAUGUCGAGAGCUUGGAAAGAGCCGUGGCGUCCGGAAGCUGUUGCGGAGGAAGAGAACCUGAACCAGCGCUGGAUACGAAUGGGGGCGUCCGCGGUCUGAAAGUUGAAGGAGUUGGUACUCCCUUUAGUACGCAGCACGAGAAUGGUGUGAAAUUCGAGAAGGCGGACGAGGUUCGUCGUGGGUGUUGCUGUUGAGCGAUUGCCGAUCCGGAAAUGCAACAAGGUUGCGUGAUCUUUCUUUUCUCGGCCUUUCUCAUGCCAUUUUUUUCUAAGGGGCGCAUCUAACGGCAUGGUUUACGAUAUUAUGACAGGGGUGGCAUUUAGAAGGAUAUCAAAGAUGGUAGGACACGGAUAUUGUAGCUUCGAUUGCUUGUCUGCACGCGAUAUGGAGUUCGAUUGAUGGUAUUAUUUAUACCCAAUUGGUAUUUUCGUCGCUCAUCGCAAAGUGCGUCAUACGGUGGGCUUGUCGAUGCUUACGAAAAUACUUCGUAUGAAUCCAGAAUAUGAACCAUAGCUCAUUCGCCCCUUUACGUAGUAUAAGCUUGCUCUAAACCAGCGUAUGAAUCACGGCUGUUCGUUGAUUGGUUCAUGCUUGCUGUCUUCGUCAGCUGGGCACAUCGUUGGUACCUACCAAGGGGAGACCAUCGCUGUAACCAUUAGCCUAUUGUUAGUUUGGUCCAUCUAUAAAGCACUG